GGUUUUAAGGUCCCUUCCAACCCAACACAUUCUGUAAUUCUAUGAUUGCUUGAGCCCUCCCUUGAGAAAGGGCCUGUACAGGCCACCAGGCAGACAAUGUGGGGUAGAAGGUGUUUAUUGAGAGGUAAUCAAACCUUUCACCUCCCUGGGUCUCUUUCAGAGGGGAAAAGUAGCCACUGAGACUUGAGGAGAGGUAUUCAAAAGUACCUGUAAUGAUGGUGUGGCCUGUUGAGACAGACACUCCUGUGGAGUGCUGUAGUCUGGGAGGAGAGACAAAUGGCAACUUCUGAGCUGCUACAGGCCUUUCUUUUCCUUUAGGAGUCACACUAGCUUUCUGUUUCCAUUUCCUCAUUUCCUCAUAGCAAGUGUAUAGUGCCAAAUCACCACUUGCCUCCCAAAGCUUAAAUAAUAAAUGGCCACACUGCGCUUUGAGCAUCUUUUUGUGCUAUGCAAAUACCAGUGAUAACAUUACAUCAGUAGAUGUGAGUGCCUCAAUCCUUGCUUAGAAUGCAGUGCUGUUCCUGGUAUGUCCUGUCCCUCUGCAAUGGGACACUGCCUUCCUUGCAGUGCUUCUGCUGCUUGUCGAGGUGGUAGGAUACGUCCUGAGUGUGGGUACGUGCUUGGGGGCAGCCAGCCAUCCUGGGUGAGCCAUUGAUGUCACUGCCAUCAAGAUGGGACGCCUGCCUCUUGUCUUUCCCCAUUUCUAAAUGCCAGUCGCUGUGAUCUGAAGUGGCUGAGAGAGGGAAGAGAAAGCUCUGAACAGUGAAAGCUGGGGCGUGUGUUUGGCAUGCAUUCUUUCCUGGUGCUGGGAUGAGGUCUUGCAGCCUGGAUGUCACUGAGAAAAUCCCAAGAACUUCAGCUGUGCUGCUGAAUUCAACCACUUAAUAGGUGAGUGAUGUUUCCAGGAGUGCUCACGUACCAUUCUCAAAAUUCAGUUAAAUCUUUAGAAACAGCCUUUAGAAAUUAAGGUUCCUAGGUGCAUUAACUAGUCUUCAGCAAGGGUUGUGAGACUGUACAUUUUCUGGUCCUGUAGAAUAAUACGUAUUCCCAGGAAACACAUCCGUUUGCAUUUGAAGAUUCAUCUAAACAUAUAUUUACAGAGUGCUGCCACUCUUUUACAUCAUAUUUGCGUUUCUAUAUCUAAAAAUAUCUGUUUUCACUUGUGCAAUUAUUCCUGAGAGGCUAUUUACAGUAAUUAUGUGUAGAUUUACAAAAGUGCUGUCUGUGAAGCACAAAGUCGAGUUGGUGGGAGAUUGGCAAGCCCUCUGGGGUGCCAUUAUUUCUUUACCAGCCAUGAAUGAUGAAGAAUUUGCUUCCCGUUGUAUAUUUGACAAUGGAACCCUUCUUAAAUUCUUCCUCAGAGCCAAGUACAAGGCUGUCUUCUAAUAAAAAAAAAAAAAAAAAAUGUGUUUUUACCCAUGUCUAUAUUUAUUUCUUGCAGGAAUGCACAUAUUGCUCCAAGAGCCACCCACGUCCUUCUUGUAUACAGGGUGUAUUUGCAUUUGCAGCCUGUCUCACUGCAGACAUAAGUAGGGGGGAAAAUGCAGCCUCGUCUUUACUGUUGGUUGCCAUCUCUAUCUCUGGGGUCACUUGAGAUUACCAGGGCCACUCAUUCAGUUAGGAUCUGUUGCAUUACCUGUGCUAGAAAUAUGCGUAGCAUAGGUAAGACCAUCAUUGUGUUGUUACUUUUAAAAUCUCUAUACCAAAUGUUUGGGUAAAGAGGAAGAAAAGAACUAUUUUGUUUUUUGCAUGCUGAUCAGUUUGUCCCUUGACUUCUGCUUUCUGUUCCUCUGUCUCUAAAUAGGGUAGCACUUGAGCACAUGCUUGAUUUUAAACACAUGCUGAAAUGUUUGGGAAUUCAAGGGGAUGGGGCGUACACUUACUGUUUUUUUGAACAACAUUGCUUUUCAGAGUUGGAGGCCUUAUAGGAAACCUGAUCCUUGAAACUAGCUCCUGUUUAUGUGCAUUUCCAUUUUUUAAUAUUGUAGGUUUUUCCCUUCUUUUUUCAGCAUCCUUGAUGCUACAUCAUGUAAUGAAAACAAUACUGGUCAUGCUACUUGCAAUUACUAAAGUACGUAGUGAAUGUAUUUUUCCAAGGGAACCAGAGAAAUCACAUAAAUCACAGAUUUACUCGUGCUUUUGCAGGAGAGGUCCACAGUAGUUGGCUGCGUAGAAUGACAGAAGUGUUGUUUACCCAUAAAGAGGUGGUCAUCUCAGCAGGUCGGCGAUGCAUUUCAAAGGCUUCUUGUUGAUUUUAAGCCAGCCGAUAAUUUAUUCCUUGAACUCUGCCUUAUGAAAAUAAAACUGGGUAAAUAUCGAGUAUGAUAAAGGCCGCGCUGCCAUUCAGACUGCACAGUGCCCUCACCUUCCCUCACACCAGUGUCUCUCCAUUGUUGGCUUGGGCAUUUCUUAAAGGGCACGAGCUGACCUCUGCAAUUAUUUAUGGCGUUGUUCAGAUAAGCCCUUUUUCACAAGCAACACUCACACACUCACAAGGGCUGUUAUAAUUUGAAUUUAUAUCGCAAGUUCAGCUAUCGCUUCCUCUGUUCCCACCCUGCCUUUUGGAAUGAUACCCAGUCACACGAUGUGCUUGUAAAAAGGUUGCUGAUUGAGGAAGGAUGCAGGAAGGAUAUGGUUUUGCAGUGAUUGCAUAAGUGCUUUGCAGCGCCCGAAAGCUGUGGGUUUAUAUGAGGACGAGUUUAGAUGUGAAUUUCAAAGAUUUAUUUCUUCUGAUUUUGAAAUAAGUCAUGAGUACUUCGGCUGUUUUGGAGAACCAUGAAGCAACUCAUGUGGAUGUGGUCCUCAGCGUAUUAGCAAGGACAAAUAUCUGUUUUGUAAUCAGCACUGUGGAUGCUCUUCCUUAUUUCCAUCAGAGAUCUCAGCCUUAUUUCAGAGAAAUUGUCUCCAGAGCUUCUGUUUGAAAUUGUCAGAUGUGAUCAUGUCUAACUGGAAGUUGUUCCCAUCAAAGGCUUUGGGGAGUUCUACUGUUUGCCUCAUACUGCUUAGACUAACACUGUCUGCAUCCUUCCACCAAGUGCUGUGCUCCCUCUCAGAGAAUUCGUAAUACCUGGAGAUCCUAAAGCUUCAUGUCAUCCUUGGCGGUAAUGAGAGUGUACUUAUUGCUCUCAGAUGAAGGAGCUGGGGUGUGGAGGUUGCAAUAAAAUCCAUUCGUAAGGACAAAAUUAAGGAUGAACAAGAUAUGGUUCACAUCAGACGGGAGAUUGAGAUCAUGUCAUCCCUCAGCCACCCUCAUAUCAUCACCAUAUAUGAAGUGUUUGAAAAUAAAGAUAAGAUUGUGAUCAUCAUGGAGUACGCAAGUAAAGGAGAGUUGUAUGAUUAUAUCAGUGAGAGGCGACGACUGAGCGAAAGAGAAACAAGACACUUCUUCCGACAGAUAGUCUCUGCUGUACAUUACUGCCACAAGAAUGGUGUGGUCCACAGGGACCUAAAAUUGGAAAACAUCCUUCUUGAUGACAAUUUUAAUAUUAAGAUUGCUGAUUUUGGACUCUCCAACCUUUAUCACAAAGACAAAUUUCUGCAGACCUUUUGUGGAAGCCCACUGUAUGCUUCCCCUGAGAUAGUUAAUGGACGACCUUACAGAGGCCCAGAGGUUGACAGCUGGGCCCUUGGUGUAUUGCUUUACACUCUGGUUUAUGGAACUAUGCCCUUUGAUGGCUUUGAUCACAAAAAUCUCAUCAGGCAGAUCAGCAGUGGAGAAUAUCGUGAGCCAACGCAGACCUCAGAUGCUCGUGGUCUUAUCAGAUGGAUGCUGAUGGUGAACCCUGAACGCCGAGCAACCAUUGAAGACAUUGCCAACCACUGGUGGGUUAACUGGGGCUACAAGAGUAGUGUUUGUGACUGUGAUGCUAUGAGGGACUCUGAGUCCCCAUUGCUAGCAAGGUUCAUUGAUUGGCAUCACCGUUCUACUGGCCUCCAACCAGAGACUGAUACCAAAAUGAAGUGCCUUUCUAAGCCCAAAGGUCCUGAAGUCACACUAGAGAGACAAAGGUCUCUGAAAAAAUCAAAAAAGGAAAAUGACAUUGCACAGUCCAUCCAGGAAGGAGGAGCUGAAAAUGCAUCCAAACCCACUUCCAAAAGACCCAAAGGCAUCCUGAAGAAAAGGAGCAACAGUGAACAUCGAUCUCACAGUGCAGGGUUCAUUGAAGGUGUCGUCAGCCCAGUGUUACCCUCUGCUUUUAAGUUGGAGCAGGAGUUGUGUAGGACUGGCGUAGCCAUUAAAAGUGUUGUGGAAGGAGAGGUAGCUGGCAAAUACGGCACUAAGCAGUCUUCACUAAUGCCAAAAAAAGGAAUCUUAAAGAAGACUCAGCAGAGGGAGUCCGGCUAUUACUCUUCUCCAGAACGAAGCGAAUCUUCUGAACUCUUGGACAAUAAUGAUGAAACAGUAAACAGUGACACCUCUCCAGGGGUCACAGAACCAUCCAGAAAUGGGUCUUACAGCCAUUCCUGCAGGCGUAAGGGUAUCUUGAAACAUAAUGGCAAGUAUUCUACCAGCAGCACUGAAUCUGCUUUAAUUAGCCCUGAUACGCCAACGCUGGAGGCCAUGGAAGAAGUAGUCCUGCCUGGAGAUGCAUUACCUCGAAGUUAUAGUCGCCCUUCCAGCGUGAUUAGUGAUGACAGUAUUUUGUCCAGUGACUCCUUUGAUUUGCUGGAUUUGCAAGAGAAUAGGCCAAACAGACAGAGGAUACGGAGCUGUGUCUCUGCUGAAAAUUUCCUACAGAUCCAAGACUUCGAAGGACUUCAGAACCACCCACGGCCACAGUACCUAAAACGGUAUCGCAACCGUCUGGGGGACAGCAGUUUUUCCCUUCUCACAGACAUGGAUGAUGUGACUCAGGUCUACAAGAAAGCCCUAGAGAUCUGCAACAAGCUCAACUAGCAGCAGGAAGAUGGAAAGGGAGGGAAGGGAGUUGUUCUGGGUACCUUUAUGGUGGAGUUAGCCAGGUUACUGAUUUGCUGAUAAUGGUAGGUUUUCCUUCAAAGGACCUGACUGUACCUACUUAACUGAACUCCUAGAAAAGUCUUGAGUAGCCCCAAAGUCAUCUCACACCUCUCUAAUUUUGUGUCUUCAAAAUAUUACCUAGCUGACCAGAGCAAAACCUUUGGUCUUUGUAUGUGUGACGAAAGUAUAUUAGGAUCUAGCAGACAUAAGAUCUAGCAGACAAAAGCAUUGAGAUUUAAUGGCUUGGAGUCCAAGCUAGGCAGAAUUAAAACUGGAAACAAGGCACACACAUUUUGAGAGGUUUCUAAUUCAUAUUAAUUAUCUACAGCAAGAGAUAAGUCGAAUUCUUCAAGUCAAUUUUAGAUGUCUUUUAGAAAGAGAGCCUUUAUUUUCCCUUGAAGUUAUUCAUCAGGAUACAAGCAUUGCACGUUGAGAAUUUCCAUCCUGCAUUAUGCAGGAGGCGAGGCUGGAUGGUCGCCCUGUUUCCUUCCACCAGGGUGAGCUGAGAUGUUCCUGAACCCUUUCUGGGACAGAUAGUUUAUGAGUGUUAUUGCAGAAUAACUUCACAUGGCUGCAUGUGUACAAGCAUUGGAGUAGGUGUUCAGAUCUGGCCCUUCCUACAGCCAUUGCUCUUCAGAGAGCAGGUGGCCUUAAAAUUCUUUCCAAUACCACUCCUACCAGCAAAAACAGUCAGAGAAAUGAGAAAGGGAGCUGGAAGUAAUGGGUGUUGUAAACAGUGACUCUUCAAAGCAUUUCAACCUGUGUGUUCAAUUUGUGACUUUUUGAAAGUGGCCAGGCAGAUAAAUGCCCAGAGAUAGGUCCUAACACACCCUCCAACCUUGAGUUCAGUCACUGUCAGCAAAUGGUACCAGCUUGCUAUUAGCUUGUAGUAUCUGAGGGUGACAGGUAGUCUGCGACCAGAAUGUUAGGUAACGAAAAGGUUGUAGCAUGUAGGAAAUGGAUAGAGGUCAGAAAGUUGGUGGGAAUAUGCCUUUCCCCAAAUGAAAAUAUUUCUAAGUAGGUAGUAAUGGAGCAGAAAGAAUUGAGCGAUGAAAUGAUAAUGGUAGAUUUGAUAACAGAGUUAGCAUAAAAAUGCAGGCCUCUAUACCAAUAGCAUAGCUGGUACUGCGUGUGUGGUGAUGCCAGCUUGAAAAAAUGAGAAGGAUAUGUGUGUGUGUGUUCUCACACAUACCUAAACAUCUAGACUAAAGGCUUCAACUCCCAUAAAGGUACCACAUGGGUCUACUGGAUUAUCUGAAUGUAAGCCUAUGUCAGAAAGGCACUGUGUGUUUGACAGGCCUGGGCAAACUGGAAUCGUAAGGCCCAUUUCACUCUCAUUUACAAAAGCACAUAGCCCCUAGCUUUCUUGGAGGUGCACUGGUGUGAAUACAUGGCAGGUUUCAGCCUAUGAUGUCUAAGAGCCACAGCUGCAAAAUCCAUGUAUACAGACAUACUCAGAAGAGAGAAGCAUGGGGCAAACUCUGUUCUCACUCCUCCCCUGGAACUGGAACUGAAAGCAGACUUUGGCCCACUGUGUCCAAAAUCCUGGAGACUGUGCAGAAAUGGAAUAGGGAUCCUCUGAUGAUUCUUUGAGAAUCAGUCUGAUGAUUCUUUGAGAAUCAGGGAUAACCCCACAAACAUUGGCAUCUGGGGCAGGGAGCAGUUUCACUUGCAAAUUGUUUAUUUGGUGUGUCACGGUACUUGAGUCUGCUGGUUCCUCCUAAAAACCAACCAGCAUAAAGAUGAACGAGCUCAAAUUUCCUAAGUCAGUUAAUCUGUUUCUGUGGAGAACCUUUUCCUUGUUAUGAAACACUGGACCAAAUUUGGCCCUGGAGUCAAUGGCAUCAAUACCCACAAUGUCUACGAGAGACGUGCUCUCAGGCGGUCAAGUGAAAUGUGGCUCACUGCUCAUUUGCUCAGGAAGGGCGAUUUCAGGGCAUUUCUCUCUAGAUGCAGGAUGCUUUCAGUAUGAUGCUUACAGAUCCCGUCUUCUCACAGGCCCUGCAUUUGCUCCUUCAGCCCACCCAACGCCAACACCCUAUUUUGUAGUGUAUUUAAUCAACAGGUAGCACAGUGGCCUGGAGCAGAAGAGCCGGAUCCUCAGCCAGCGCACCUCAGCGCUGUCGCGUCGAUGUGACGGAGCAGCACUUCGGUGGGGUUGUGCUGAGUGAUGCCUUCCCUGUGGGUCUGCUGCUAAAUCCUGAGGGGAUUUAUGAGGGUUUUAGGAUGAAGGCAAGGGAGCUCGACCAGCUGCGGCAGGGAACCGAGGAGCACCCUGAAGGCUCGAAUCUACCUAGGCUUUUGCCCAGGCCUGCUUCCUUGUGUACAAAUGUGAAUGAGUGAGUGACUGCUUGCUGCCAAACUGGAAAUGUUACAUAGGGAUUUACUGGCAUGUUACUGGCAUGUUACAUGUUUACUGGCAUGUUAUCAUUCCUAGAGAAGAAAAAAAAAAAACUUGACUGCACAUUGUUAUUAUUAGUGUUGUGAUUUUUAUUUAAUUUUUUUGUAAUACAAAGUUGACUUUUUUAUUUGAAUUUGUCUCUCUUUUUUUUUUUUUAUUUAUUGGUCUGAAAGCCAUUUCAAAGGUAUAAUAAUAUAUUUGGUGUAAUUUAAUUGGUGCAACAUUAUUUUACAGCUCCGGCCAAAAUCGUUUGGUGUUUUUUGUUUUGUUUUGUUUUAUUGUUUUUUUCUCCCGAUCCUUGGUUGGUUUGAGCUCUAGGAGGCACACAGGGGAAAACGCUGGAUAAUCACCCAAAGUGUAUUUUUAAUCUGAUACUGUUUUUUAUUAAAUAAAAUGGAAUUAAUGUAACUGUGAA